AUGGCUGAAGUUAUUGGCCUUGUAUCAGGUCUUCUUACCUUGGCGACAUUCGCCCAUAAGUCUGUCACCAAGGUUCAAAAAGCCGUGCAAAGCUUUCGAACCCUCCCACGUCAACUCAGGGAACUCCUUUCAGAGUUAGCAGAGCUGAGUACGGUGCUCCAAGACCUCUCUCAAGCACCUGGCGGUGACAUAGAAGUGGACCUUUCGGCCCUCAAAAUAACGCUGGAGCAAUGCAGCCGCUCAUGUGAUGAAUUUGAGCAGGAGCUCAGAGCCUGCAGUUCGCGGUCUGGCCAAGAUCGAGCUAGUUUUCGGGACUGGGCUAAGCUCACGUACCGGGGCGGCGACGGAAUUGAAGGCUUUAGACAACAGCUUAUUGGAUACAAGUCCACCAUCAUCGUCGCUCUCAGUUUUGCGAACCUUCGCACAUCUACCAUCACUGUCGAAGCCAUACAAUCUUGCCGAGGAUUGAUCGAGACAACAACUAUUGAUUUAGAGGCGCACCUUGCAGAUGUAAAGCAGAAGCUCGAUGCUCUCGCUUGCCGGGCCAUUGCCAGUCCUGAACCAGACGAAGCGACGAUUAGAUACAUAGAAAACGAGCGCAUCAGUACCGAAAAGGGCCUUCAGUUUUGCCUGCAGCUUUCUCAGCAUAUUGAUCAGAUUCAGCUUCAAUUUGCCGCAGAAGAAGGGCACACCCCCAGCCUUCUGGGCCCGCACCCAACUUCGAAUAUGCUUGUCAACGAAGGACUUGGUGGCUGUAAGGAUUACAUUGGAUUUGCACUCGAGCGAUUGAGGAGACAUCGCCAGAAAGUGAUUGAGCGAAUAGGUGCUGGCUCGCCAACCACCGUAUCACCAGAUGAUAAAAUAUUACUUGAUAACCUGAACGACGAAGCCGAGGCCCUACGUCAUUCCCUGAACCUUUGCUCAAACAUCGACACCUACCUUGAGGAGAAGAUCAGUAACAUUGAGAACCAUGCUGAGGGUGAUGAUACUAUUCAGUUCAUGGUCUCGACAGAUGGCAAGCCACUUAAUGGAAAGAACCACGGCGUCGGCUCGAGACUCAAGCAAGCAGGAGGGCAUUUUAAAGAACAAUCUCUUCAGCAGAUCUCCCAAGACUUCACCACAAUCAGCUUGCAUCAAACAGGAGGCAAGAAGCCAUCUAGAAAUGCUUCUUCGUCAGCAGCCCAAUCAGAAACCACGACGGAACCUCUAGGCACGCCAUUCAACGGAAGAGGCUUCACUCUUACACCGAAACCUGAAGUUAGAUCGACUCCAUCUUCUCGCUCUACGACAGCCUGA